AAAUGGUUCCUACAUCUAAAAUUCCAGCAUAAUCUUUCUCCAUUGAAUUUUAUCACUGUUUUUCGCAGAUCUAGGGUUGCGCAAUUCUCGUUUCAUUUCGUUGAUUCAGGGUUUAAAGAUCAAGCAAAAUAUUCUGAAAUUUCCUGUUCUCCGAUCUCUAAUUCUCCGAACGGAUCCUGGGUUCGCAGUUAUUCAGUUGAGCUUUUAUGUUAUUAGGUUGUUUGAUCUGAUAAAAUGUCGGUGAAGAGUGGGAAUGCUUCGACAAGGGAUCGGACGCAGGAGUUUUUAGGGAUAGCAGAGAGGGCAAAAAAGUCAAUUUCCUUGCAGAAUGGGCCGAGCAGCAGCGGAUCGAAGAGGGAGGAGCCUCCGCGGUCGGCGGUGGCGAUGCAGUCGGAGUUCAAUCGGAGGGCGUCGAAAAUUGGAUUCGGGAUUCAUCAGACGUCGCAGAAGCUAUCUAAGCUGGCAAAACUGGCAAAGAGGACAUCGGUGUUUGACGACCCUACCAUGGAAAUCCAGGAACUCACUGCAGUGAUCAAGCAAGAUAUAACGGCCCUUAACUCAGCUGUAGUCGAUCUCCAGUUUCUCAAUUCGCGAAGUGAAAAUAUAUCCAGUGACACCAGCUCGCAUUCUACUACAGUUGUUGAUGAUUUAAAGAAUCGUUUGAUGAGCGCCACGAAGGAUUUUAAGGAGGUUUUGACCAUGCGUACAGAGAACUUGAAGGUUCACGAAAAUAGAAGACAGUUAUUUUCUUCUUCUGCUUCUCAGAAUCCUUCAAAUCCCUUCGUUCGCCAGCGUCCUUUGGCAGCAAAGCCUCCUGCCAGUAAUUCAGCUCCUGCUCCUCUUCCAUGGGCUAAAGGGCAACAGUCUUCAUCCCAAUUAUUCCCCAAGAAUCAGGUGGAAGGGGAAUCCCAGCCUUUGCUGCAGCAGCAACAAAGCCAACAGCAACAGCAAUUGGUUCCACUUCAGGACAGCUACAUGCAGAGUAGAGCUGAAGCUCUUCAAAACGUGGAGUCGACAAUUCACGAGCUGGGCACUAUCUUCAAUCAGCUUGCUACCUUGGUUUCUCAGCAAGGAGAGAUUGCUAUCAGGAUUGACGAGAAUAUGGAGGACACACUGUCGAAUGUAGAGGGAGCUCAAGGGGCACUGCUCAAGUACCUCAAUAGCAUCUCAUCAAAUCGGUGGCUGAUGAUCAAGAUAUUCUUUGUAUUGAUUUUCUUUCUUACAAUAUUCCUUUUCUUCGUCGCCUAGACGGAGACUUGACGCGUAAUCAUACUGGAAGCAAAAACUAUUGUGUAUUUUACAAAUGAAAGACUGUUGUAGUUUUUUCGACAAACAUUUUGUAGUAUAUUAUCUCUUGUAUAUCACAAACACGAUUUUAUACUGUGUUCUGUUCGUAUUUUCGUUUUUAAUAAGAUGGCUUUCAAGAG